AUGAACUUAUAUAGACAGCAAUGGAAUGAGACCGAAGAUAGGAUUAAUGAAGCUAUUCAACUGACUUCUAAUAAGAGAGAAACAGUUAUAUUGAUAAACAAAUAUCACCAAGUUGCUUCAAACUAUUUGGAUAACAAUUACACUAGUCUUGAGCCUCUAUUAUCGGAAAUAUACGAAAAACCUUUCAGAAACUAUGUUCAUAAAAAAAUUGAGUCCUUUUCUUCUCAAUUUUAUCCUAUGGUUUAUCCAAUAUAUCAACCACCAGUUAAUCCCUCCUAUCCACAAAAUAAUCACCCAAUCAAUUUUUCAUUGCUCUCACCAACAAAACCAAUUAAUUCACAACCAAGAGACAUACCAUCAAUAAAUGACCUUUUAGAAAAAUUAGAUCAAAAGUAUAGAGAUGAUUUGUUUACUCAAUUUUUGGACAGUUUUAUCAAUGAAUCAAUUGAUGUUUUGGAUAUUUUAACAUAG